GACAGUUGGGACUUGGAGUGUAUAUAAGAGUAUGUACCGUACCCUUAGCUUCCCAUAUUCAUUCACUCACUCACUUCAUUAAAAUUUCCAUUCGGGGUUUUUUAUUUUCUUGAAUAUUGAUAAGCGCGUAUAUACACGCACGCUCGAUAUGGCUGCCCCCAAGGCGAAGAAGCUUGGGGCUGUGUUAUUCCGAUCAAAGAAGAGGCCGCGUGGAGGUCAAGCUGCUGUUCAACAACAAGCAACAAUUCACAAGCGGCGGCGGCGGACAAUUGACAGCCGCGGUGGCGGGGGCGGAGAUCUCUGCCGAAAAACCGCACCACCGACGACCAAAUCUCUGAAGUCGUCGUCAUCAAACAAUCACAAUAGUCCAAUAGUAAGAGCAGCAACAGAUGCUGAUCAUGCGAUCAAGAAGAUCGACAAAAGGACGCCGAUCCCUCAGCAUCACACGACCCGUCUCAUUCGGGAAACAGCCGCGCCGCCGCCGCCGGCGGCCGUAGAAAUCCCACUUUCCCGCCCCAUGGCCCUACGCGCCGAGAUGAUGAAGGUGCGGUACGCGGACACAAUCGCCAAGGCAAACCAGAAGAAACUGGGCGACCCGAAUUGGAAGGCGGAGGAGGAGGAGGCAGUGAGGCUGCGGCAGCCGCAGAUAGAGAGAGAAAGGGCGGCGGCGAGGAUCGCCGUGGAAAGGAUUCAGAAGACCGUUGAGUUUAAUGAUGCUCAUUCCCUAAUGAUUGAUUUCUACAGUUUAAUUUGUUCUUCUUGUUAGGAUUUGUAUUUCCCUGUCUAUUUUGGGAAUCUAUCCUCUCCUAUAAAUAAAGGAGAAACCUCUUG